AUGACUGCUUGGGAUCCGACCAAGAACAAGACAUACCAGAUUCUCAAAGACGCCGAGGAAAAAGGCUAUGGCGUCGUCGCUCCCAUCACUUAUAAUAUCGAACACAUCAUAGCCUUUAUCCAGGCCGCCGAAGCGAAGCGCAGUCCUCUCAUCCUACAAGUAUUUCCAUGGGCCAUUACCUUUUCGUCCGGACUCCUUGUGAUUGCGGCGGCCCACGCCGCAAAAUGUGCUUCUGUCCCGGUCGCUAUUCAUCUCGACCAUGCGCAGGAUGAGGUUCUCAUCCGACAGGCGGCGGACACGCUCCCGUUUGACAGUAUCAUGGUGGACAUGAGCCACUACGAGAUGGACGAGAACCUGGCCAAGACGGCAGAGCUUGUCCGGUACUGCCACGAGCGCGGAAUCGCUACGGAGGCGGAGCCGGGCAGGAUCGAAGGAGGCGAGGAUGGCAUUGCAAGUACCGAGGACCUCGAGGGCGCAUUGACGACCGAGGAGCAGAUUGAGGAGUUUGUCGCAACGGGGAUUGAUUUCCUUGCGCCGGCGUUUGGCAAUGUCCACGGAGAGUAUGGGCCACGCGGGCCAGAGCUGCAGUUUGACAGAUUAAAGAUGAUUCGGGACAAGGUAGAUGGCAGAGUGCGCGUCGUGCUUCACGGAACCAACGACUUUCCACAAGACAUGAUGCAAAGAUGCAUCAGCGAGGGAGUAUCUAAAAUCAACGUCAACAAACUGGUACUAGAUGACUAUUUGAUUCAUCUGAAGACGAAGGCGCCUAUGCUCAAUUUGACAACGUCGAUGGAACAAGGUGUCAUGGCGGUACGAGGCUUAAUGGAGUGGCAAAUGGACGUCUGCAAGUCGACGGGAAUGGCCCCGUAA